UGGACAAAUCCCCAGCCAAAAAUCCUCCCAUAUUUCUCCUCCGAGCUAGCGAUCUCCUCCCCGACGCUACUUGUUAUUUUUCUUCUACUUAUCACCUCCGGCUUCAACAAUGGCUAUGGAUUACGACGCCUAUGAUGCACUUCUGCAUCAUAUAUUUAAGCAAACUCAGGGUGAUGCUUGGUUCAAGCCAACCGAGGAGAAUCUUUCUGCCGGGGUCUGUCUCCGCGUCGAACCCGGUCACUUCCGUGUAUUUCCUUACGAGAACAACUACCUUGCGCCCUUUGAGGCAGCCGUGCGCCUCUUGAAUCCCGUAGUCGCAGUCAAGGUGAGGAGUGCUGCAGUUCAUGCUGCAUUAGCAAGUGUCCCCGAAGAUGCAUCUGCUAUCUAUGUCGAUCAUAACACACGCAUUCAGAUAGUAGCUUCCAUGGCCAUGGUGCCACGGGCCGAGAAGGAACAGUGCGGAGCCUUUGUGCGAGACGAGGCUGUGCUCAUUCUCUGGUCUGACAGCUUAGACGACAUCAUACCCUUGUGCCGUGACUUUGAGGAUAAGCUGAUUAAGCUUGUCUGGAGACAACGCACCACUGUCUCCGCAGCUCCCUCCGACAUCAUACCGUCUACUGUGCCGUCGCAUGACAAUUUGCUAGCAACAAAGGAAGAAUUGACGGAAGAGAUACCUAUUACUGAGAAAGAACUCACAAAUAGAAAACCACAACCUAAACCGUCAUCACCAAUUUGGAAGAUCUUCAGCUGGAGCACCACUCGUCAAGAGCACCAAGGUGACGCCGAGAAAGGCGCGAAGAAAAUCCGUCGAACCAAACUCAUUGCCCCAUUCUACAAUGGGUUGGGCUGCGGUUUAUCACUCUUUUUCAUUGGUACUGGUAUCAGUAUGCUCCUGCAGGAGUCCAUGCUUGAUGGCCAGUGGAUUCGAUUUUGUUUACUCGUCACUGCCCCGCUGUCAUUCUGCGUUUCUCUGUUCUUCUCUCUGCAAAUUGUCGGCAAUGUCGGCAUGAUUAUCGGUCCCGUCUCCCAGUACUAUGAAAACUCCCGUUACUAUUCCGCUAUCAAACCCGAGGAGGAUAAGGAUAUCGAUUCGGCUCUCCCUCAUGUUACUAUCGAGCUUCCCGUCUACAAAGAGAGUCUUGAGCAAACAAUCGCGCCGUCUGUGUAUUCACUCAAAAAGGCCAUGCAAACAUAUGCACGCCAGGGUGGAACAUCUUCUAUAUUCGUUCAUGACGACGGUCUCCAGCUCAUUUCGGAGAAGGAACGCGCGGAACGUAUUGCUUUCUACGCUGAUCACAACAUAGGCUGGGUCGCACGCCCUCCUCAUGAAUCCUCUGCAGAUGGGUUCAAACGUGCCGGCCGGUUUAAGAAGGCAUCGAAUAUGAACUACGGACUCGCGCUUAGCUUGAAACUCGAGAAACAUCUGAAGGUACUCCUUGAAGCAGAACAACUAGGGGAGCUAGAGGACGACGGUCAACCUCUGGAGGAUCGCGCUUUGAAUAUGGCCUGUGAAGAACUCUUCAUUGAAAGUGGAGAGAAGUGGAAACCGUGGGCUUGCAACGGCAAAUCCAUUAGAAUGGGAGAGAUCAUUUUGCUUGUCGAUUCUGAUACCAUCGUGCCCGAGGAUUGUUUCCGUGACGCUGCUCGUGAACUUGCAGAGAGCCCCGAGGUUGCGAUCAUUCAACAUGAAUCAGAUGUCAUGCAAGUCGCGAACCACUACUUUGAGAAUGGUAUUGCCCACUUCACUAGGCGAAUCAACAAGUGUAUAUCCCUCGGUUGUGCGAAUGGCGAGAUAGCUCCUUUCGUGGGACACAACGCUUUCCUUCGUUGGUCAGCACUCCAGGACGCCGCGUUUGUAGACCCGGCUGAUGGGGAGACGAAGAUUUGGUCGGAAUCAAAUGUGUCCGAAGAUUUCGACAUGGCUUUACGACUUCAGCUAAAGAAGUAUGUCAUACGGUGGGCGACAUACUCCGAGGGCGGCUUCAAGGAAGGUGUCUCGUUGACGGUCGAUGAUGAAUUGAAUCGAUGGCAGAAAUAUUCCUACGGUUGUAGCGAGUUGAUUUUCAACCCCCUUGUUCAAUGGUGGAGGAAAGGUCCUAUCAACAAACAGCUGCGUAUCUUUGUGUGGUCCAAUGCACCGGUCCAUUACAAAAUCAGUAUGAUGGCAUACAUGUUUUCCUACUAUGGUAUCGCAGCCUCUGCAAUUUUGUCGACCCUCAACUAUAUCCUUCUUGGACUGGCAAUCGAAACAGACGGCUACUAUCUUCAUAGCUUUGAAGUCUUUCUCGCAAUUCUCGCCGUGUUCCCUGGCUCGGGUAACGUUGGCUAUACUCUUCUUGAAUACAGACUUGGGCAUCGUAGCAUGUGGGACUCGCUUGUUGAAACCUGCACAUGGGUUCCUUUCUUCUUUUUCUUCUUUGGCGGUCUUAGCAUCCACCUUACCACCGCUCUUUUGGCCCACAUGUUCUCAUACAACAUCACUUGGGGAGCAACGAAAAAAGAAGUCGAACGAUCGAAUUUCUUCAUCGAAGUUCCCCGAAUUCUCAAGCGCUUCUGGCUCGCCUUCACACUGUCUUUCGCCUCGUUCGCUAUGAUCCUUCUCUUCAGUUUUUCAAGUAUUGUCGGCCCGGAUUGGCUAAUUCCUGGUGAUUACUGGGCAGUUAUUCUCCCUCUUGCGCUCGUCGCUGGAAGUCACAUUCUUUUCCCUAUUGUGCUUAACCCUUGGUUGAUGAUUUUCUCGUAUUGAGCGGCGAGAAUCUCGGAUAGCCAUUUGUAUUGAUGGACUAUUGUCAACACGCUACAUUUCUUGAUUAUUCACAAGUCUAUUAUAGAGGUAUCAUACCAAGAUAUCGCGAUGUAAUCGCAAGAUCCAAUCAUUUAUUUUCUGGUAUGUAAUAAUCAUCUGUUGUACAUAUUACUUCGCACACAGUACAAGGAGUACCUACAUAUAUACUAUUUUAUACAUUGUUUCUUGUCAUGCGGCCCCGGGGCCCUAGCCUGAACUGUCCGCUGAGAUUUUGAUGUUGUUAUCUCCGCUCCCGCGAUACAGAAUUACAU